AUGGCCACUGCGCGCCAACAGCCGCCCUGGCGGGCGCCCGCCGUCUCUGCAGAGACCAGCGCGCAGCUGCCGCCGCUGAAGAUCUUCAACUCGCUGACGCGCUCCAAGACGCCGUUUGUGCCCCUCGACCCGGCGGGCAAGAAGGUCACCUGGUAUGCGUGCGGUCCGACUCCGUAUGACGACUCGCAUCUCGGCCAUGCCCGCAACUAUCUCACCACGGAUAUCAUCCGUCGGAUCAUGCGCGAUUACUUCAAGUUCAACGUCAACUUUGUUAUGAACAUCACGGAUAUUGACGACAAGAUCAUUCUGCGAGCACGCCAGCAGCACCUGUUUGCCGAGUUCGUGGCGGCACACCCGACGAUCGAUGCGGAGGUUCUCGAAGUGGCCAAGGGCGCGUAUACUGCGUAUCUGAAGAAGAACCUGGGCUUGUUGGACUCGAGUUUGGCCCCUGCCCAGUUCCAAACUGAGGUCGAGAAGGUGUAUGCGAUUGUGUUCAACGGAGGACCGCUACCGGGGAACGAGAAGGCGGGAGACGAUGAAGCGAAGGCGAAGAUGCAUAUCAAGACGGUAGCCUCGGCGGCCAAGGUGAUCGCACAGGCGGAGAGCGGCUCGGCCUUGCCCGCAGGCUUUUCCGAAACCUUCUACACCAGCGCCCAGGAUCUGCUGCAUCCGUAUUUGGACUCUCUCAAGGGGUCAUCCAUUGAUGCAGAGAACUACGCAAUCUUCUCUAAGCUGACCAAGAAAUGCGAAGAGAGCUUCAUGCAAGAUAUGGACGACCUGAACAUCCUGCGCCCCGAUGAGCUGACCAGGGUGACCGAAUUCUGCCCCGAGAUUGUCGAUUUCGUCGCCAAAAUCGUCGAAAACAAGUUUGGAUAUGUUACCUCCGAUGGGUCCGUCUACUUCGAUAUCGAGGCCUUCGAGGCCGCCGGCCACCCGUACGCACGUCUCGAACCCUGGAGUCGAUCGGAUAAGAAACUGGUGUCUGAAGGCGAGGGGGCAUUGACUGCCAAGGUCACAGAGAAACGCUCACCGUCCGAUUUUGCCCUCUGGAAGGCUUCGAAGCCUGGGGAGCCCAGAUGGACGAGUGCCUGGGGUAAAGGUCGCCCCGGGUGGCACAUCGAGUGCUCUGCAAUGGCAAGUGCCAAGCUGGGCAAGCAGUUGGACAUCCACUCGGGUGGAAUCGAUCUGGCCUUCCCGCAUCACGACAACGAGCUGGCACAGAGCGAAGCGUACUGGGCGCAGCCUCACUCCCACGGUAGCCAGUGGGUCAACUAUUUCUUGCACAUCGGGCAUCUGUCCAUCCAAGGUUCGAAGAUGUCGAAGAGUCUCAAGAACUUCACCACCAUCCGGGAAGCUCUUGACCGCAAGGAUUGGACUUCCCGUAGCCUUCGGAUUAUCUUUCUGCUCGGUGGUUGGAAGGAAGGGGUAGAGAUCACGGAAGACCUGGUCAACGCUGGAAACGCGUGGGAGGAUAAGGUGAAUAACUUCUUCCUCAAGAUGAAGGACCCGGCGGCCUUGCAAGGGCCCGGUGGAUCGGAUCGUUCUCUGGCUGGGGCUUUGGAAGCCGCCAAGACGACUGUCCAUGAAAACUUGUGCGACUCCUUCAACACUCCUGGAGUCAUGUACACCAUCUCGGAGCUCAUUACCAGCUACAACAGCGCCGACAAGUCUGCUGUAAAUACCUCCGAUGUGGAAGCAAUUGCGCGAUGGGUGACGCUGAUGGUCAACACCUUCGGUCUCAACGGCUCGGCAACCGUCGACAGCACGGAGAUCGGCUGGACCGGUAUUGACGUGCCCGAGGAAGCGAAGCCAUUCCUGUUACCUCUGUCCGCAAUGCGGGACUCGUUGCGGCAAGCCGCGCGGGACAAGGCUGGCAUCUCUGCCGAUCAAAUCAAGACGAUCGUUGACAGUGGAUCCGUUCCUGACCAGACGGUGACCGAGUCGGCCAAGCCCUAUGCUACCGUUCUGUCGGAUUUCCGAGUCAAGAUUUCGGCGCUUGAGUCGUCUGAUACUCUCAACAAGGAAGUUUUGGCGCUCUGCGACCAGCUCCGUGACGUAGAUCUCUUCGACAUCGGAAUCUAUCUCGAAGACCGCGACAACCUGCCGGCGCUGGUCCGUCCAGUGACGCGAGAUCUGAUCCAAGCGCGGGAAGAGAAGGCAGAGCGCGCGCGUCAGAAACAGAUCGAGAAGGAGAACAAGGAGAAGGAAGCCCUGAAGAGGCUCGAGAAAGGAAAGCAGAGCCAUCUGGAAAUGUUCCGGACGAGCGAGUACAGCGCGUGGGACGCAGACGGCAUCCCGACCAAGGAUGCGGCAGGCGAGGAAAUCACUAAAAGCCGGGCCAAGAAGCUGCGCAAGGACUGGGAGAGACAGAAGAAGGCCCACGAAGCCUGGCUGAACAGCCAGGCGGGGGCGAAAUAG